AUGCCUCGUAUCGUUAGUCACGUCUCCGGCGCACAAUGGGAGAAGGACGGCCCGCAGUCACCGACGCAGAAGUUCUUCAAGGAAUAUGUCAAUGCCGUUGAUUCAAGGGGCUACGACAGCGGCUCUGGUCUUAAGUUCUACUCCAAGGAUGUGAUCUUCCACAACCAGAAUAACGCCGUCUAUCACGGAGGAGACGAAAUGUGGGCGUGGAUGAAGAAGCUCUUCAACGUGUUUGAGCGCAUCGAGCACGACUGGAUCCAUUUUGUGGAGAUUGAGCGUGAUGAUGGGACUAGCCAGAUAUACACCCAGAAUGUUCGGAACCUUUGGCUGCGGGGAAACAAAGAAAGCACGCCAACUGUUAGUAUUCCUAUCACAAUGAUUGCUAUUAUCGGAAAGAGUGGAAGCGACGAGACUCAGGAGGGGCUGCAUUUUAAGGAGGUCUGGCUCUACUGGGACACGGCCCUUCUUUCGCCUCAUCUACCCAAGGAUGCUGUUGUUUUUAAGACAGAGAAUGUCUUGCACGAUGAUAAGGACUUGCCUCAGGUAUAG